AUGGCACUUGGUUCUGACGACUUGUCACUCACAUUGGUCACUCCUCUUUCUCCCAUUUUCUCUUCCUCCUCCGCCCCCUUCCCUGGACACAAGGAAGGGGCCGCUGUGGGGAGUGGGCAGGGCCGAGUUGAAGCACACUCGCCCCUUUGUUUCCUCCUCCCUUCCUCUUUCCACUCGUCCAGGAUCCUGGACGCCAGGGAGGGCCGCUGUAGCGAAUGGGCGCCUUCAGCCUCUGCUGCCGGGCUCUGGGCUAUGAUGCCAGACAGAGCCGCCCCUUUCCUCCUCCCCCUCGUCCAGCAGCAGUGUCAGCAGCAGUGA